AAUGUCAUGUUCACUGUUUGCUUACGCAUUAUUCACAUAUUCCCCUUCUAUAAAACCAAACACGUUGCACACAUUAUUCAUCUUCAUCCCAAGAAAGCAUCUCUUUAUGGAGAACAUUAGUGAUGAAUACACACACUGUUGGGAAACGAAUACGUUCUUCCAAGCUGAAGAUCUUCAAGGUAAUUUGGAUGAAGAAAUUCCUACACAUGAUUCAAGCUCUCAAGAUGGAACACAGUCAUCAUUGAUGGCCAACAGAAACAUUGUUUCAGAGAGGAAUAGAAGAAAGAAAGUCAAUGAAAAGCUCUAUGCACUAAGAUCAGUAGUUCCCAAUAUUACAAAGAUGCAUAAAGAAUCGAUAGUCGAAGAUGCCAUUGAUUAUAUUCAAAAGUUGCAAGAAGAAGAGAGGAAAAUUCAAGCAGAAAUAUCAGACUUGGAAUCUGCAGAAACAUCAUCAAAAAGUACAAUUUCUGAGUUCGAUCAUGACGAAACUUUUUCUUCAAACCCAAAGAGAUUGACAAAUGAAAGCUUCUACGAUUCUGAAGGAUCAAGAUCAUCUCCGAUUGAAGUUCUUGAGUUGAGAGUAUCCAGAAUGGGAGAGAAGACAGUCGUAAUUUGCCUCACAUGUAGCAAGAGAACAAAUACAAUGGUAAAGCUAUGUGAGAUAUUUGAAUCUUUGAACCUCAAAAUCAUCAGUGCGAACAUCGCUGCUUUCUCUGAUAGGGUUUUGAAGACUGUAUUUGUUCAGGCCGAUGAGACAGAGAAAGAUAUUUUGAAGAUUAAAAUAGAAAGAGCCAUAGCAGCUCUAAAUGCUCUACACAAUGCUAAUAUCAUAAUGUAUUAACAUAUUUGUCACCAUAAGUACUCAUUCUCGGUCAUUUGUCUUAAAAAUUUACUUCUAAGUUACUUAUAAGUAAAUUAGUAUAAGUUUAAAUAAAUAGGGGCUCUUUCCCGUCCUACAAAUUAGGUGAUAUUUCCUUUUUAAGGAUUUCUAUUUUUCCUUCAGAGUUGGUAUUGUAUAAAAUGUAAUUUAAUUUUUUUAAAAUAUAAAAUUGUUGUUUGAUUGCA